AUGUCGCGCAUUACCUAUUUCCGAAAAAUUCGUUUCAUUGUGACAAGUGAAGGUCUCCACGAACUGGAAGCACUAUCCAAGUCAAAUGGUCUCCGCGAGCACGUUCAAGAGCUAUGGAUGAUUCCUGUGGUGUUCGAUGGCGCUGAAGGGUCCCUCGGCAUGAUAUCUAUAUCGUCAAAAAGCUGCCGGCAGGUCAAAGGCGACGAGCUGGAAAGCCGGCGUGCUGUCCAAAAAGACAUGCUUGCGGACAAUCGCAACCUGCUGGAAUCAGAAACGUUCAGUCUUCGACUUCGGGAAUGUAUGGAUCGAUUCAAGAACAUCCAAACAAUCGGACUCGCACAUUACAGAACGGAAUUUUUGCUUGACCCCCGACAGCAGACAGUUCCAUUCCUCGGAAGGCGACAGAUGAUGAGCCGCAUCGACUUUCGAUUCGAUGUUUACAGCCUGCAAGAGUCUACGCGCACCCACCAGGAUAGUCAGAUACGGAAACUGAACUCCUUGGCGUUAUCAAAGCUUUUUCUUGCGUUAUGUGGCUCAAGCUGCAGACCCCGAAAGCUAUCCACUUGCGAUUCUAAAUUCUGCUGUGAUAUCGGCCCCAGGAUUGCCCUCUCCGAAGAGCAAUUUGAUUCUCUACUGUCUACUUUAGAAGACCUCGAGGAUCUUCAUUUAUGCAUCGAUCUCGAUGAGGCGGCUUGGCUGAAGCUUUUCAGGAAGAUUGCACCUCAACUGGAAGUACUGACCCUGUCGCAACAUCAUAUGCCUUUUGAUCUUGUUCAAGAUGACAUGCAUGCCUAUCCGGCUAAAAGCUACGUUGGAAACAUGUUCCAUGACAUUAGCUUCACUCGACUCCGAAACCUUCAUAUAACGAAGCUUGAUAUCGAUUUCAGCUCUUUGAGAUCACUUUUGCUCAGUGUCAAGAAAGGUCUGGUCACUCUUACAGUCAAACGGGUUAGAAUGCGCAGCGAGGAGUCAGGAGCCACAGAAAAUCCUCGAUCACAAGAUGCUGAGUCCCCUGGCCGCCAGGAAAAUGAAAGAUCUGUCCGAUAUACAUCGCCAUUAUAUCAACCCACAGUGCCAUCCCACCAACCAACCUCGCCAUACGAUGAACCUACAGUGCCACCAUACCAACCAACCUCGCCAUACAAUGAACCUACAGUGCCACCAUACCAACCAACCUCGCCAUACAAUGAACCUACCGUGCCACCAUACCAACCAACUUCGCCAUACGAUGGACCUACCGUGCCACCAUACCAACCAACUUCGCCAUACGAUGGACCUUCAGUCCGAUUAUAUCAACCAAACUUGCAAUCAUACGGACCUACAGUCCCAUCAUUUCAACCAACACCGCCAUCAUUUUCAACAUCUUCACCGUACAGACCGACUGUAUCCCCACAAGAAUAUGGACCAGCCCCUCUAUCAGUCCUACCAGCAUCAGAAACAGCAUCAGCCGAAAGUGCACCCCAAUCACCCCAGCAUUCCUCGGCUUCCGAUUCCUCUGAGGCGUCGACAGAAGAAUAUUGGAGCAGAAAGUGGAUGUCUACAUAUCACCCAUAUGAGCCAUCCGAAACAGCUGGAGGUUUUGUCUGUCCCACCCGGGAAACCGUAAUGGCAUGGAAACGCAACGAAGAAAAGAUCACUUCUGUGCCCAGCUUUUUGAAAUUUUUACGGAACGAGUUAUCUCUAGAAACACUCUCCCUGGAAGAUAUUAUCUGUGACGACAAUUAUUACGAUUUCGAAAGAAUCGACAGUGCAGAUAAACAAAGGGGAAAAGUGGAUUUUGACAUUCACAAAGCCAAUAUUUCGUUGAAGGAUUGGAUUUCCCGGUUAAGGCCAAUUGCUAGCUGCCCGGCCGAUCGCAUUAUUAAGCGCAAGGAAGACAAAGGUUAG